CUCGCUCUCUCUCUCCCUCUGUGUGUGUCUCUCUCUCUCUCAUCCCUUCACAGUUCCUCGGUGGUCAGUUCACUUGCCACUCUGGGACACGCACACACACACAGCCAGUUCACUUCCUCUCUCUCUUUGUAGCUGCUGUGCGUGUGUGUGUAUGUGUGUGUGUGCUUCCACAUGGCGCUCAGCACUGACUCCUCCCAGGACAUUUCCUGAUUUAUUAGUUUCUUUUGUGGCCCAAAAAUGUGGAUCUCCAGCGGUGCGGUCGCUGCCGAGGGGCUUCACGGAUCAGCAGCCGGAAAUGAGGCACGGCAGCUGAGCUAGCAGAGUUUGAGCUGCGGUGGGAGCUCUUGGAGGAGCAAGAGUCCGGCUGUUCCCAAACAUCAGCACUUUACAUUGAGCCAUGGGUGUAGCCGCACGCCUGCUGGUGUGAACACAGCUGGAUCAGCGUGGUGGUGCCUGAGCAGUCUCUCUUACAACAUCCUAGACACUCGCACACCUCACCACAGUAAGACGGCAGCAAACAUGACAGACAGACUGAGCUCCACCCCCAAAACAGCCCCCCGGCCUGCUGCUCCACCUCCAGUGCUCCCCCCCGAGCCCAUCGACAUCAUCCGCGUCAAGGCCCGCUCCCGGCGGGUCAGGCUCAACGUCGGAGGCCUCACACAUGAAGUCCUCUGGAGAACACUAGACCGGCUGCCUCGAACCCGUCUGGGACGCCUGAGAGACUGCAACACCCAUGAAUCAUUGCUGGAGAUCUGCGAUGACUACAGCCUCACUGAAAACGAAUACUUCUUCGACCGGCACCCCAUGGCCUUCUCCUCUAUCCUCAACUUCUACAGAACGGGGAAGCUGCACAUGAUGGAGGAGAUGUGCGCCCUGUCCUUUGGCCAGGAGCUGGACUACUGGGGUAUCGAUGAAAUCUACCUGGAGUCGUGCUGCCAGGCACGGUACCACCAGAAGAAGGAGCAGAUGAACGAGGAGCUGAGGAGGGAGGCGGAGACACUGAGGGAUAAGGACGGUGAGGAGGAGGAGCAGGGAUGCUGUCCUGAAAACAGACAGAAGCUCUGGGAUCUGCUGGAGAAGCCCAGCUCAUCUGUAGCUGCGAAGGUCCUGGCCAUGAUCUCCAUCCUGUUCAUAGUCAUUUCCACCAUCUCACUGUCUCUCAACACGCUGCCAGAGCUGCAGGUGGUGGAUGAAUUUGGCCAGUACAAUGACAACCCCAGCCUGGCCCACGUGGAGGCUGUGUGCAUUGCCUGGUUCACCAUGGAGUACAUCCUGCGUCUGCUCUCUGCACCAAACAAGUGGAAUUUUAUCAAAGCACCGCUGAACAUCAUUGACUUGCUGGCUAUUCUGCCUUACUACGUGACCCUCUGCCUAACUGAGUCCAACAAGAACGUGAUGCAGUUCCAGAAUGUGCGCCGUGUCGUUCAGAUCUUUCGAAUCAUGAGGAUCCUGAGAAUACUGAAGCUGGCCAGGCACUCAACCGGACUCCAGUCUUUAGGCUUCACUUUGCGAAGGAGCUACAAUGAGUUGGGUCUGUUGAUCCUCUUCUUAGCCAUGGGCAUUAUGAUCUUCUCUAGUUUGGUGUUCUUUGCUGAGAAGGACGAGGACGCCACCAAAUUCACCAGUAUCCCUGCAUCCUUCUGGUGGGCUACAAUUACUAUGACCACUGUUGGCUAUGGAGACAUUUACCCUCAAACGUUGCUGGGCAAGAUAGUAGGAGGGCUCUGCUGCAUAGCCGGUGUGUUGGUCAUCGCCCUUCCCAUCCCAAUCAUUGUCAACAACUUCUCUGAAUUCUACCGUGAGCAGAAAAGGCAGGAGAAGGCCAUCAAGAGGAGGGAAGCUCUUGAAAGGGCCAAACGGAGUGGAAGCAUUAUUUCAAUUAACCUUAAGGAUGCAUUUGCACGUAGUAUGGAACUCACAGAUGUGCUGGUAGAAAAGAGGGAGGACAGUAAGUGUCCUGUGGAUAACCACCUCUCACCAAGCCGCUACAGCUACCAGAGGCAAUACCCCAGCGCAGAGGUGUGCAGUCAAGGCAGGUCUCAACAUUCUCAUUACCAGGAAGUAGCUCAGCAGGGCUCUCCAGAGCGAGUCAAGCUCUCAUCCAACAAAACAACCCCUCAACACCUCAGCGCAAAAAGUCUGGAAGAGACAGACAACAAGACGGCAAACGUCAGCAAAGUGUCACUGGAGAUGAAAACAAUUACAUCGACUCAAGUGCAACAGAAUUCGCCUGAGCUUAACGUUAUCAAGACAUUCUCCAACGCGAUCGGGGACGUUCCAGUGAAAAGAGGAGAAAGAAGUUCUCCUCAACGUAGUGCUGAACGAAAUCAAAAUGGAUCUAGACAACAUCCAAUCCCCCCUCCUUUGGAUCUAAGCCAAAUAAGCGCUAUGGAAGUGACGGGGGGCUCAGACAGUGUCCAGACAGGGACCCUCUUCAAAAAGGGCUUGUAUGAGUUUGUGUCAAGCUCUGGAGUAAGUGCCACUGGAGAUAUGGACUUAAAGCCACAGAGUGAGGAAAAAUUUGGAAGGACCUAUGAUCACAUCGGCAGCUUCUUGCAAGGUCACAGCAACCCUCACAAGACAAGAGCUCUAAAUGUCGACCUCAUCGGUUCUGAGGAUGAUGUGCUGAUGCCUGUGAUGACACCUGUAGCGACCCCUGUUUCUACAGGCUCAGCCAAAGUGGCUCAGCUACUUCACGAUGACAUCGUUUCUAGGUUUUCUACACCUCAUAGUUCUGUAACUCAGGAAGUUAAAUCUCCUUUAGCGAUCCUGCAAUCUCCAUCUUUGGCCCGGCAGUCCUUCAGUCCAAGCUCCUCCCAGGGGGGAGGUGAGAGCUCAGCAGCCAAGGGCUUAGAAGGUGAAGGACAGCUCACGGGUUUAAGCCACCAGGGAAGGAAUCACAUGGAGAGGUCUGCCACCGGGCCAGGCAGCAGCACUGGCCCACUGUCAGGCAAAGCAAGCCCCCUCAACUGCACUCAAGAGCUGCUCACUGUGGAAGGAGUGGAGGAGAGAGGAGGAGCAGAGGGAGCAGAACAGAGUGGAGGAAAACCAGAGAACCACAUUGUUGUGGAUGGAAGCGUGUCUCCGCCCUGUGAAACAAGCAUGUGACUUCAGAGGUCACAUGCUUGUUUACAGACAGGGAUGCUGAUGGGCGAGAUAAAGAGAUGAUAAAUAAAACUGUGGGCUCUGCAGCUGUGGACAAAGAUGCAUUAAAGUGUGAAGAGUUGUUGCACUUUUUGUGGAGUAAUGCAC